AUGACCUCAAUGAAUAACGGGUGGGGCUCUUAUAUGGACCGUAGCGUUGAGUCAAGUGACAUCGGCAGCAGUUCAGGCUCAAAUGCACAAGAAAAGUAUUUAGCACCCAAUGAAAGUAUGGAGAUUAUUCAAGAACACCCGGAAGAAGACAAUCUAGAAAUAGCUUCGAUCUCACAUGGGGAGGAUGGUGUGUUAGGUUCAGUUAAGAAACUGUUUGCAGCUGAUUCCAUAGAAUCAUCUAAGAGCUUGACUAAAAAUUCCGAUAACGAGCAGAAUGCACAGGCUGACUACUACACACCAAACUCAGCUAUUAACUCUGAGGUGUUCGAUUCUAAUGGUGGUGAAAAAAACCGUAGGUUUGUUAAUGCGCCUGUCAUUGAUCCAAACUAUUAUAUCGGAAUAGACACCAUUCCUAUUCAAAAACAAACUUUCAUCGCCAAAAACGGUGGUAGGUUUACCAUGAUGGUAGUUGGACAAUCUGGGUUGGGUAAAACUACUUUUAUCAAUACGUUAUUUGGUACUUCACUUUUGCCCACAGUUUGGGAAGGCGAUUUGUCCGAUAGAGAAGUGACAAAAACAACUAAGAUUGUCCGUCAUGAGAGUGAAUUAGUGGAAGGCGAUUUUGCAUUGAAAUUCACUGUCAUUGACACUCCUGGCUUUGGUGAUCAUGCAAACAAUUCUUUUUCAUGGUCUCCUAUUGUCAACUAUAUUGACGAACAGUAUAGGUCUUACAUUUUCCAAGAAGAGCAACCUUUAAGGGGAUCUUUAAAAGAUAACAGGAUCCACUGUUGUUUAUACUUCAUCAAGUUAACAAGACAUGGUUUAAGUGCUCUUGAUAUUGCUGCCAUGGAAGAAAUUUCAAAGAGAGUUAACUUAAUUCCUAUCAUUGCCAAGGUUGAUGGUUUGACACCUGAUGAUGUGAGUAUUUAUAAAAAGAAUAUUAGAGAAACGAUUCAAAAACAACAGAUCAAAGUUUGUGCCUUUUUGGACCAAAAUGAUCCUAACUGUCAGACAAUUUUCGACAUGUAUCCUUUUGGUAUCGUUUGUUCUGAUGAAAUGGUUCCCAAUGAAGAAGGGAAACUUGUACGUGGUAGAAAGUACAAAUGGGGUAAUGUUGAAGUUGAAAAUCCGGAACACUCUGAGUUUACUGCUUUGAGGACUGUUCUAAUGUCCAAGAAUCUUGUUGAUUUAGUGGUUGGCUGUGAAAACUACUAUGAAAGAUGUAGAACUCAUAUGCUUCUCUCUAGAAUAAACCAAGCCAAAGUUAAUAAUCCUGACUUCAUAGAAUCCAGCGGUUUAAACCUUGAAGAUCCAAACCAAAAUGGUUUAGAUAACUACAAAUUCUAUGAGACUUUCAAUAAAAAGUAUAUGGAUGAAUUGAUUAUAGAGUGGUCCCCUGAGUUUAUUCAUAAACAAUUGGAGGCUAAAAAACGUCUUAAUGAAAUUGUGUCAUUGGAAGAGAAGAGAUUUAAAGACUGGAAGCAGGACUUGUUGAACAAACAAAACUUGUUCAAUCACGAAAUUGAAGAUCUACAUACGCUUGUUCAACAGAUCCGCAGUGAAUGUAACGAAAUGGAGGCCAAGGCUAAUAAGCAAAGAGCAAGAAGGUUCUCUAGGCUAGGUCUAUCAUCUCAUUCCGAAUUAGCUAAAUGA